GAGAUUUUCUCGAAAAAAGAGAAGAGAUAUGGUGAACAUCUUCAAUGUCAUAACUCCAUGGAUACAUGCCCUAAUGGAGCUAGCCGGAGUAACACAAAAAACAAUAGAAAUCGAGCCAGGAACAAUAAUAAACAUAUGGCUUCCCAAACAACAAUUCAACCCACAUACCAAUACCUACACUAAACCCACCAAACCAGCCAUAGUCUUCCUUCAUUGCUUUGCUAUGGAUGGAAUCUUCAAUUGGUUUCCUCAAGUACUGUCCUUAUCAAGUCGAUACGCCGUGUAUGUACCGGACCUCCUGUUCUUCGGCGGGUCCAUUACGGACCGGCCGGAGAGGACGUCCGGUUUUCAGGCGGAGUGCAUUUUCAUGGCACUUAAGAAAGUGGGUGUUGAAAAAUGCACUGCGGUUGGGCUUAGCUAUGGAGGGUUUGUUGGGUUUAAGAUGGCAGAGAUGUAUCCUGAUUUUGUCGAAGCUAUUGUCGUGUCGUCGACCGUUAUCGAGUUAACGGAGACUAUAAGUAGGGAUUCAUUGAAAAUACUUGGAGUAAGAAGUUGGCCGGAAUUUCUGUUACCGGAGACGGUUGACGGCGUUAAAUUUAUGUUCUCGUUUGGUCUUCGUUCUAUCAAUUGGGUUCCUAAUUUCGUCUACAAACAUUUACUCGAGAUAAUUUCUAAGAAUAGGAAGGAUAAAGCUCAACUUUUGGAAGCUCUUAUUGUUAAAGAUAGUGAUAUUGUUCCUCACUAUUCACAGAAAAUUUGUCUACUUUGGGGAGGCGAAGAUAAGAUUUUUACACUUGAAGUUGCUUGCAAAAUCAAAGGGAAAUUAGGGGAGAAAGCAUGUUUAGAGUAUAUUGAGAAAGGUGGGCAUCUACUCCAAAUUGAAAGGCCCUUUGCCUAUAAUACUUCUCUUACCAAAAUUCUUGACUCAAUUUAUGAGAGUGAUCCUAAAACCAUUAAACUUUUAUGAGAUUGAUUAUUAAAUUUUAUAUUUCUAUAUUAUUGUUAUUAGUUUUCUUGCUAUAUUGUCUUAGGUUAUUAAUUGAUUGUAAUUUUCAGUUUGUUCAAAUAUGUAAUGUUGUGAGUUUGUGACUACUUUUUUACAUUAAUUUUUUUUGUUAUUUUAA